GUGGGGAACCUAAUUGGGGCAUCGAACCAGGCCCGGAGAAAUCUGUCGGCUGGGUUACAUUUGUGUUUCAAUCACCGUACAUUAGGCACACUGCCCCCUGACCUACUUGGAAACACUCAAGAUGAAGAAAGCCGGGGACUUCCUCUCACUGCUGAACAAUCGGGAUCUUCUGAAGACCCCCUCUGGAAAUUCUAUAGUGAACUUCCUAGUGAAACCAAUGAGUGUGGAGAUGAAUACGGCGGAUAAGCUAAUCACGGGGGCCAGGCGCCAGCGGAUGAUGGAGCUUUUCGAGCAGGAUCGCGCCUGGGAGGCCGCCGAGUUGUCCCGAUUCGGACUGAGCUGCAUCAAGGCCCCGGAUUGCUAUCCCUGCUGCACUCCCUUCGAGUGCUCGAAAGCCAAGUUUUAGGAACCGCUUAUUUCCGAAUGUGUUUGGGAGAUACGAAUUGUGUUUUUCUCUUAGUUAUUAUGGUUUUCUGUC